UGGAUAGCAGAGUACCAUUCAGCUAUAUCUACGCUCAGGUAUAGUUGGUGCUUGUCUGAGGUCAAAUGUUAUAAUCGGGGUGGUAAAGGGUGGUGUUUGGAAUGCAUGCAGGGUAGUAGAGGAGGGUCAAUCGGUUGUGUUGCUUUGACACAUCUUGGUUACCAUUUCGACCCUCUCUGGUUGGUUGCCAUUCCAAUCCACUCUUAUUGGUUGUCUAAAGAUAGUCGAUGAGAGUACUUGUCUGCUUUGCUUAGUUGUCCACACCCAGUAAUCUGUUGCUUCCUUCCCUUUGUCACAGAGAAUCGAGUUAUCUUCGAUCUUCGACCUUCGACCUUUGGUCUCUGAAUCAAGCAAAGUGUGAUUUUCUCGCUCACAGUAAUGUCUAGUUACCUGAAGAGCUCCUCAACUACACAUCAGCAUAAUGUAGUAUAUAACAGGCCACAACAGCCUGGACAAGGUGGGUCGCUUGCGCACACACACGUGUAUGCGUCAUCACUUAAUCAGCCUAAGGUACACGUGCGAGGCUUGAAACCGUCCAUCUUGCGUAAACCACCAGCUUUACGUGAGCACGACAAUCUCCGCACGUGCCCUAUCAAUGCGUUGGGAAAUACGACAUACAGCUAUGGCAAUAAUAGUGGGAGUAGUAGCUUAAAUACCAGCCGACGUUCGAGUUCCGCAAGUACUGUGAGUGUGGGGGGGGGAGGUGGCAUGAGUGCACAGGCGUAUACACGACAGCUAUCUAAGAAUAGCCCAGCUGCACACACACACACGCCACAGUCGAUGGGCACGCUGAGCGCUUCAUCGUCCCGGAAUGCGUCCCGGAAUGGGACACCCUCAAGCUCUACUUCACGAGUGAACUUCCUCAACAAGACUCCCAGUCAGAAGGCGGCAGACGCUCGGAGGAGAAUAUCACAGCAUGAUGUAGAGGGUGCUUGCGACUCUUUUGCAAGCGGCAUAUCAGACUCAGCUGCGUUAACAAACACACCAGCAUACGCCACUACGCAUAGAUCUACGUCUACAUACGCACUCACACGAGGCCAUGUGCACGCUGUGUGUGUUCCUGCGGCGGUGACUGAGGAGGCUUCAGCACGCGAUGCCCCUGCUGUAACUCCAGCCUGUACACGAAAGGGAGAGUGCGAGAGGAAGUUCGGUACGCCAUGUGGUCCCUCGGUACCCUCAUCUCAGUCGACUGUCAUUGUGCGCAAAGCGAGCACAGACGAAUCGGCUGUGUACCCCACGCCGCACAACUCGACUUCUCCGAAGAUAGUCAAGUCCACCGAACUCGUCUCUGAGCACACGCACUCGUAUGCGUGUGUGCGGAUGGAUGAGCACGUGCACGCACAUGGAUCUGAGACCUGCGGAGAUACGGUUAAGGGGCAGGCAAGCGUGUCUCCUACGCUACACGACCGAGUGCGUGAGAGAGGGGGGUUUGGAUACCACAUUGGGGGUGUGUACGCACCCAAACUGCGGCCCAAUCUGACUAAGCUGGCCAUGUCGUACAGUGGUCGUACAGACACGUGUGUGAACGAGAUAUCCGACGACUGCGAGGAUGGCACAUGUGACAUGUCGUUUGGGAGAGUCACGGAGAAGGCCAUCUCCGCCGUUGUGGAGAUAGUGCUGAGGGAUUGGGACGGGCAAAACCAGUACACACGCACAAGCCUGAGUGUGUUUCUGCGCAGCCUGUGCGUGCGGAUGAAUCUAGAUGUUCAGUGUCUGGUGAGCACUCUCGUGUACCUGCACAGAUUGAAGAUGAAGUAUCCGGCGAGUAGGAGUGCUUCGUGCGCGCAACGGAUCUUGUUUAUGAGCUUGCUGGCCGCUACCAAGUUCAACCACGAUCGACCCUACGACAACAAGGCGUGGGCGAUGGUAUCGAACUUCACCUUACACCAAGUGAAUGCCAUGGAGUUACAGUUCCUGGAUAGUCUAGACUACGUACUCAGUAUAAGAGGCAAGGACGUCGAUGGCAUGUUGCAGGGCUUACGGUGUCAGGAGCUGGUUCUAAAAAUAGAUGCGCGGCUCGACCAAUCAGAACUCGACACAGAGCUAGAGCACAUCACCAGUCGGCUGUGUUUGGCGGCUGUGCUGCCGGACCUCAGCAGUGUGACGAAGGAGUGGCUGAGAAGUUCGGUACUAACCGUACAGAACAUCAUCGAAGGUGUCGCUCAGUGAGGGAUGCAACCCUGAGUACAACGGGAUCAGGCGCAGGUCAACACGUGCGUCUUCGUUUAGCGUGUCUUCAACAGCAACCACCAUCCGUGUAACGAACGGGUCGAAGACUUGGGUCGCAAUGGGUGCAAUAUAGUACAAUGGUGAUCACAGCAUACCCACAGAUGCGCUGUAAGCAACCCAAUGGCCACACUACACACGGGAACAUCCCGUCAUGGGAUCCAUUUACCUACCCCCUCCCCUGUCUGGCCGGGCCAGGCUAUGGAGAGAAACAACGGGGCAUGGUACAAGGUGGCCGGCCGGCCUGUUAUGUACACGGUAGCGAAAAGAGGUCUGUCACGGUUGAUUGUGUCUAGCUGUUGGCAGAGGAAUUCGACUAUUAACGCCCAGGAGUUAAAGUGUGAAGGUGUGAAUACCCACAUCCACCUUUCCUGUUGUCUUCUGUUUCUAUAUAGUAGGACAGGCGUGGGUCAGAACUCGAGUGCCUUUAAAAGUGGGACAUCACUGGCUAUAACCCAGUGACGGGAUUGGAAGGAACCGCACGCUUUCGCUUACAUAUGGGCGAAGAAUCAACGCAGCCAAACCCGAAAACCCUAUAAACCCUAAAAGCCACUAUACUGAUAGCUGUGUCACAGACUCCAGACGGGAUUGUGGGUAUAAGGAUGCUACAGUAUACGCUCCGCUGUUAUGCGAGCAAGCACCAAUCUGCCGGUGAGUCAUAGUGGUUGGUAUAGGGACAUAACAGAGUUGUGGUUGAUGUAGGUACAUAACAGAGCUGCAGGAGGUAUGCCUGGACACCUCACCCGACGCGAGAGAGGAUAUAAAUAGGACAAUUAGACAGAAGAUGCUAGCAAGCCUAGCUCAGAGAAGUAUUAGAAUGUAUAUAAUAUUAUUGUAUGGUAAGAAGUGCGUGUAUUGAUACGCACGAGUCUGGUAGAAGACUUCGGUAAACAUGUGGCUAUAGCCACCGUCAUGUAGUGUUAGAGGUUGUAAAAAAUUAGUUUAGUUGAGAGUGAUUUCGCAUCAGAAUUAAAAAAAAAGGUGGUGCCAAACGAAGUGACAGUACUUCAUUAACACACCCUUUGAUCCCAUUCCA